AUGUCCGGAUCACUUUACAGAAGCCCAUCGGCUGCUUUAUAUAGAAGUCCUUCGAUGAGCGGUUUUGGUGGCCCACCUUUCGGUAAUAUGUCUGUUGCUGAUUUAGGAAGUCUUACCCGCUUAGAAGAUAAAAUUCGUUUAUUGCAAGAAGAUUUGGAAUCCGAACGUGAACUUCGAAAUCGAAUCGAACGAGAGAGAGCCGACCUUAGUGUACAAUUAAUAGCAUUGACUGAUCGUCUGGAAGAUGCCGAAGGCACUACCGAUAGUCAGAUUGAAUCAAAUCGUAAGCGUGAAAGUGAAUUGCAAAAAUUGCGUAAAUUGCUUGAAGAAUCACAACUCGAAAAUGAAGACGCGAUGAAUGUUUUAAGAAAGAAGCACCAAGAUGUUUGCCUCGAUUACACGGAACAAAUCGAACAACUCCAUAAGAAAAAUUCAAAAAUUGAUCGCGAACGACAACGCUUACAACAUGAAGUUAUCGAAUUAACUGCAACAAUUGACCAAUUGCAAAAAGACAAGCACAUCGCGGAAAGGGCAGCAGAACGAUUCGAAGCGCAGACCAUUGAAUUGUCAAAUAAAGUGGAAGAUUUAAAUAAACAUGUAAAUGAAUUAGCACAACAACGGCAAAGGCUUCAAGCAGAAAAUAAUGAUUUACUUAAAGAGGUUCAUGAUCAAAAAGUUCAACUCGAUAAUUUGCAACAUGUUAAAUAUCAACUUGCCCAACAGCUUGAAGAAGCGCGACGACGCCUCGAGGAUGCUGAAAGAUUUGCCUGUCCACAAUUCUCGAAUGAAAAGAAAGAACGUUCACAAAUGCAAGCACAACUACAUCAAGUGCAGCUGGAACUGGAUUCAGUGCGAACAGCACUCGAUGAGGAAUCGACAGCUCGAGCUGAAGCCGAGCACAAAUUGGCUCUAGCAAAUACGGAAAUAACUCAGUGGAAGAGUAAAUUUGAUGCUGAAGUGGCAUUGCAUCAUGAAGAGGUUGAAGAUCUUCGUAAGAAAAUGCUACAAAAACAAGCUGAAUAUGAAGAACAAAUUGAAAUAAUGCUUCAAAAAAUUUCCCAACUUGAAAAAGCUAAAUCACGUCUUCAAAGUGAAGUCGAAGUUCUCAUUGUUGAUCUCGAGAAGGCUCAAAAUACAAUCGCUAUCCUUGAGCGUGCCAAAGAACAGCUUGAAAAAACUGUCAAUGAACUUAAGGUUCGUAUCGAUGAAUUGUCAGUCGAAUUGGAAGCCGCACAACGAGAAGCACGAGCUGCUCUUGCUGAAUUACAGAAAAUGAAACAUUUAUAUGAGAAGGCUGUAGAACAAAAAGAAGCGCUUGCUCGAGAAAAUAAGAAAUUACAAGACGAUUUACAUGAAGCCAAAGAAGCACUUGCGGAUGCGAAUCGUAAAUUACACGAACUUGAUUUGGAGAACGCUCGAUUAGCUGGUGAAAUUCGUGACUUACAAACGGCACUUAAAGAAUCUGAGGCUGCACGACGUGACGCUGAAAAUCGUGCACAACGUGCUCUUGCUGAACUUCAACAGCUUCGCGUAGAAAUGGAACGGCGCUUGCAAGAAAAAGAAGAAGAAAUGGAAGCCCUACGUAAAAAUAUGCAAUUUGAAAUAGAUCGCCUAACUGCAGCACUUGCCGAUGCUGAAGCUCGUAUGAAGGCGACUCGAUUAAAGAAGAAAUAUCAAGCAGAAAUUGCUGAACUCGAAAUGACAGUCGACAAUCUUAAUCGCGCCAAUAUUGAAGCUCAAAAGACGAUUAAAAAACAGAGUGAGCAGCUCAAAGUCCUUCAGGCUUCAUUAGAAGAUACUCAACGUCAACUACAGCAGACUCUUGAUCAGGCAAUUCUUGCUCGUUAUCUUUCCUUUAUCUUUAUCACGUUAUCUUUUCAUAAAAGCCUUAUCUACUUUUUUGCAUUUACAUUUUCGAAAAAUUAUUCGUAUGCACUCGCUCAACGUAAAAUAUCAGCACUAAGCGCUGAACUUGAAGAAUGCAAAGUAGCACUGGAUAAUGCUAUUCGUGCACGAAAACAAGCCGAAAUUGAUCUUGAGGAAGCUAAUGGUCGUAUAGCAGAUCUCGUUUCGAUUAAUAAUAAUCUUACCUCGAUAAAGAAUAAACUGGAAACCGAAUUAUCAACUGCUCAAGCAGAUCUUGAUGAAGUGACCAAGGAGUUACAUGCCGCUGAUGAGCGCGCUAAUCGUGCUUUAGCUGAUGCUGCACGCGCUGUUGAACAGUUGCAUGAGGAACAAGAACAUUCGAUGAAAAUCGACGCGCUUAGAAAAUCUCUUGAAGAACAGGUCUAUGUUAUUGUUGUUAAGAUUUCAAAUUUCGGUGCAUUUCUUUUGCAAGUAAAGCAGCUGCAAGUGCAAAUUCAAGAAGCCGAGGCUGCAGCCUUAUUAGGAGGAAAACGCGUUAUUGCGAAACUUGAAACACGAAUUCGUGAUCUAGAAACUGCUCUUGACGAAGAAACUCGCCGACACAAGGAAACGCAAAACGCUCUCAGGAAGAAAGAUCGACGUAUUAAGGAAGUUCAAAUGCAAGUUGAUGAAGAACACAAAAACUACGUUAUGGCUCAGGAUACUGCUGAUAGACUCCUCGAGAAGCUAAAUAUCCAGAAGCGACAACUUGGAGAAGCAGAAUCGCUUACAAUGCAAAAUCUACAACGAGUGAGACGAUAUCAACGAGAAUUAGAAGAUGCUGAAGGUCGUGCAGAUCAAGCUGAAAGUUCGCUACAUCUGAUUCGUGCGAAACACCGUUCAUCAGUUGUCACCGGAAAGAGCGCUUCAUCUUCUAAGAUUUACGUUCUCGAAGAUGAACAAUAA